AUGGACAAUCCUGAUGAGAAGAAAAGGAAGAGGAAGACUAGAGAAGUCUCUGUAGCUAAGACACCGGCUAAGUGGAAAGAAUACAGUGCUGCCCAACUUGAGUCUUGUGCUAGUCCUAAAGUUCCGGCCAAAGGAGGGGUUAGGAAAAGGACAUGGGAUAAAUGGGUGGCAGAGAUUCGCGAGCCGAAUGGCGGAAAGAGACUGUGGCUGGGGACUUUUGAUACUGCAGUUGAUGUUGCCUCCGCUUAUGAUGAAGCUACUAGGACAACAUACGUUGCCUCUACUUGA